AUGGCCGAGCCCCGGGAAGCCGCGACCCCGACACCCAGAGCCUCCCUGGCGCGGACCGCGCACAGCCUGCGGAGCGCCCCGCAGCUGCGCGCCUUGAGAGCGGACGCGGGCAGCCUGGGCAGGUACCGGGGCACAGCCGCCGCCUCCCGCGAGGCCGCCUUCCACGGCUCGCUGAUGCUCUCGGGAGCGGGCUCGGGGCGCCGGCGGGGCGUGCUGCGGGAGCUGCUGGGGCUGCAGGGGGUGGCUCCCGCCGGGUGGCAGCCAGAGGAGCGUGCGGAGGAGCAGUCCCCAGGCGGGCCGAACGGAGCGGGCGGCAGCAGGCUGUGUCUGGAGCCCCGGGAGCACGCGUGGAUACUGGCGGCCGCCGAGGGCCGCUUCGACGUGCUGCGGGAGCUGCUGGAAGCCGAGCCGGGGCUGCUGCUACGGGGCGACCCGAUCACCGGCUACUCGUUGCUGCACUGGCUGGCCAAGCACGGGCGCCACGAGGAGCUCGUCCUGGUGCAUGACUUCGCCCAGCGCCGGGGGCUGAAGCUCGACGUGAGCGCCCCGGGGAGCGGCGGCCUCACGCCCCUUCACCUGGCGGCCCUGCAGGGCCACUACCUGGUCAUCAAGGUGCUGGUGGGCGCCUUGGGGGCUGACCCCACGCGCCGUGACCACAGUGGCCACCGGGCCUGUUACUACCUGCGGCCCGACGCGCCCUGGAACCUGCGGGAGCUGUCGGGGGCUGAGGACUGGGAGAUGGAGAGCGGCAGUGAGCGGGUCAACGCCAACAACAACAGCAGCGGCGCCCCCGCCGCCGCGUGGACGCUGCGAAGGACUCUGAACGCAGUGGGCAUGAUGACCAUGGAGACGAGAGAGGCGGCACUGUCCAACAAGGAGAAGGACUCCAUGGGCAGCCGAGUGGCACAAAUUCAAGGCUUUUUCCGCCAGAUAUUCCCCUUCUUCCAGGAUCGUUGAGGGCAACGUAGAUGAGAGCGCAGAGGGACCUCGACACUGCGGCGAGGUCUCUGUCCUGAGUAGUCCCGGGUUCCACACCGAAGGGGCUGUGUACCUUAUAUACAGCCGAAUGUGCUGGGCCUGUAAGGUGCAGACCACCUCCGGUUUGUCUCCAGUCCUGUCACAAGUUUCCUGUAGCCACUGGCCAGGAGACCUGGAGACCAGCGCCAUCCCCCCACCCAACCAAGAGAGAGCAAAGACCAAUCUGUCUUGGAGCCGAAUUCCAAAAGGAGUUGGGGUUAGGAGCCCGAGUGUGGUCCUGCUUGCGAGAGGGAAAGUUAAGCUUCCAGUGGCCAUUUCUGAUCUUGCAGAAGUUCUGGUUUAUUGCUAGAAGAAGGAGUUAAUUGCUAGAAGACUGUAAAUCACUGAUGCAGAGUAAGUGCCUAACUGCAGACUUGACUUGGCUAUUAACGGGUUACUUUGUGUCACCAAACUCAGCCCCUAGCUCCCCAUUCCUAAGACAACCAGGCUUACAGGUACCUUUUCAAAUGUAUCACGGAUGACUUCUUAAGCAUAUUAAAGUGGAAUUGUUUUUC